ACAGUCUGGGAAAUGGGAAUAUUUAAACUACUUUUUCUGCGAGUGCUUCACCUUGGCUGUUUGCGUUGCCUAAGACAAUCCUGCGACUAAUGACUUUAUAAGUGCAAACGUGUAGCCUUGGAUGACUCGGGACUCUGUGAUGAAUAAACCAAAAAUGACGCGACAUUAAAAGCAAAUCAGAGUGGCAAUACUGCCGUAUAAAAACCCCUUCGAGCGAAUCUCCGCUCUAGAAGUAUUAAAUCCGGCCCCUUAAGAUGACCAAGUUCUUCUUCAAGCGCCUGCAAACUGCUCCACUUGACCAGGAGGUGAGUUCCCUGGAUGCCAGUGACUACUACUACCGCAUCGCAUUUUUCCUGGGCUGGAACCCGCCCAAGGAGGGUCUGCUCCGAUGGAUCUACGCGCUGUGGACUCUGACCACGAUGUGGUUGGGAAUCGUGUAUCUGCCGCUCGGACUGAGCCUCACCUAUGUGAAGCACUUCGAUAGAUUCACGCCGACGGAGUUCCUGACCUCCCUGCAGGUGGACAUCAACUGCAUCGGGAAUGUGAUCAAGUCAUGCGUGACUUAUUCCCAGAUGUGGCGUUUUCGCCGGAUGAAUGAGCUUAUCUCGUCCCUGGACAAGAGAUGUGUGACUCCGACACAGCGUCGGAUUUUCCAUAAGAUGGUGGCACGGGUCAAUCUCAUCGUGAUUCUGUUCCUGUCCACGUACUUGGGCUUCUGCUUUCUAACCCUGUUCACUUCGGUUUUCGCUGGCAAAGCUCCUUGGCAGCUGUACAACCCACUUGUGGACUGGCGGAAUGGCCAUUGGCAGCUGUGGAUAGCCUCCAUACUGGAGUACUGUGUGGUCUCCAUUGGCACCAUGCAGGAGUUGAUAUCCGACACCUAUGCCAUUGUGUUCAUCUCCUUGUUCCGCUGCCACCUGGCUAUUCUCAGAGAUCGCAUUGCCAAUCUGCGGCAGGAUCCGGAGCUCAGUGAGAUGGAACACUAUGAGCAGCUGGUGGCCUGCAUUCAGGAUCAUCGUACCAUCAUACAGUGCUCCCAGAUCAUUCGACCCAUCCUGUCGAUCACUAUCUUUGCCCAGUUCAUGCUGGUUGGCAUUGACUUGGGCCUGGCGUCCAUCAGCAUCCUCUUCUUUCCGAACACCAUAUGGACGAUCAUGGCGAACGUGUCCUUCAUCGUGGCCAUCUGCACGGAGUCCUUUCCGUGCUGCAUGCUCUGCGAGCAUCUGAUCGAGGACUCCGUCCAUGUCAGCAACGCCCUGUUCCACUCAAACUGGAUAACUGCGGACAGGCGCUACAAGUCGGCGGUUCUGUAUUUCCUGCACCGGGCUCAGCAGCCCAUUCAAUUCACAGCCGGCUCCAUAUUUCCCAUUUCGGUGCAGAGCAACAUUGCCGUGGCCAAGUUCGCUUUCACCAUCAUCACAAUCGUGAACCAAAUGAAUCUGGGCGAGAAGUUCUUCAGUGACAGGAGCAAUGGCGAUAUAAAUCCUUAGAUCCUUCGAGAGCAAGGCAAAGAAAAACGCUUAACCCAAUAUUUGCUGCCCCGUAGUGUUUGCACAUCCACUCAACUUUCCAGAAGUGAUUACACACUCGAAAAACAUCUUCAGUGCCAUGUGGUAAUAAGAAGGGAAACCGGGCCAAAAACCGAAUGAAUAUGCGCCAAAUCCCCAAUACCUGUCGUCAACAUUAAAGUUACACCUAUGAAA